CGACGGGGCGGUAACUUUUCUGCACGUCCUCCUGGUCCUGUGUAUCACACGCGGAGUUUCGCCGCGAUCGCGCAGACGGGAGGCCACCGGGCUCGGCGUUCCGGCGUGGGGGGUCCGUUUCCUGGCCGAGCAGAGCGAGGUGGAGCGGCGGGUCGACUGUCACCAUGGACGGGAACUACUCCAGUACCAGCAACCGGCGGGAACACGUCAAGGUCACAGCGGAGCGGCAGCCCGGCUUCCUGGAGCGCCUGAGCGAGACCUCGGGCGGGAUGUUCGUGGGGCUCAUGACCUUCCUCAUCUCCUUCUACUUAAUCUUCACCAAUGAGGGCCGGGCGCUGAAGACCGCCACCUCCCUGGCCGAGGGACUGUCGCUCGUGGUGUCCCCCGAGAGCAUCCACACGGUGGCUCCCGAGAACGAGGGGCGGCUGGUGCACCUCAUCGGGGCCCUGCGCACGUCCAAGCUCUUGUCCGACCCGAACUACGGGGUCCACCUUCCCGCCGUGAAGCUGAAGCGGCACGUGGAGAUGUACCAGUGGGUGGAGAGCGAGGAGUCCAGGGAGUACACGGAGGAUGGGCAGGUGAAGACGGAGAGGAAGUACUCCUACAACACCGAGUGGAGGUCAGAUCUUGUCAACAGCAGGAACUUCGACCGAGAGAUCGGCCACAAGAACCCCAGUGCCAUGGCAGUGGAGUCCUUCACGGCGACGGCCCCCUUCGUCCAGAUCGGACGCUUCUUCCUCUCGGCCGGUCUCAUCGAAAAAGUCGACAACUUCAAGCCCCUGAGCUUGUCCAAGCUGGAGGACCCGCACGUGGACAUCAUCCGCCGGGGGGACUACUUCUACCACAGCGAGAACCCCAAGUACCCAGAGGUCGGGGAUCUGCGCGUCUCCUUCUCCUAUGCGGGGCUGAGCGGCGACCACCCUGACCUGGGACCGGCCCACGUGGUGACAGUGAUCGCCCGGCAGCGGGGCGACCAGCUUGGCCCCUAUUCCACCAAGACUGGGGACACUUUGCUGCUGCUGCAUCACGGCGACUUCUCGGCAGAGGAGGUGUUCCGUCGGGAGCAGAAGAGCAACUCCCUGAAGACGUGGGGCCUGCGGGCGGCCGGCUGGAUGGCCAUGUUCAUGGGCAUCAACCUCAUGACCCGCAUCAUCUACACCCUGGUGGACUGGUUCCCCGUCUUCCGAGACCUGGUCAACAUCGGCCUGAAGGCCUUCGCCGUGUGCGUGGCCACCUCGCUGACCCUGCUGACCGUGGCCGCCGGCUGGCUCUUCUACCGGCCGCUGUGGGCCCUCUUCAUCGGCUCGCUGGCCCUGGUGCCCGUCAUCAUCGCUCGGACCCGGGUGACGGCCAAGAAGCUGGAGUGAAACGGGCCCCGCUGGAGGGGGACCCCGUGCUUGGGGUCGGGUGUUGGCGCCUGCUGGGGGGGGUCUUCCCGCCUCCCCCCUCCCCUCGGGCAGCUCUGGUGGGUGGCGGCUCCCUGUCUUCCUUCCUCUCUGCCUCCUUCCCCCAAGGCUGCUCCUGCUGCCUCACAGGGCUCUGCCCCGCCACCGCCUGCACCCAGGGGUCCCCUCGGCCCGCACGAGCCCCCCGCCCAGCGGGGACACGAAACCCAAAGCCCCACAGUCCUCGGCAGGGCUGGGCCAGGAGCUGGUGCGGCCACGGCACUGCCCGGUGGGCCGCCCUCCCCUCCUCCGUGGACCCUGAGGGGAAACGCCGUGAUCUGAAGGGAGCAGAGUGCGGAGAGGCACACGGGGGGCCGUGACGCCCCUGUGAGUGCCCCCUGCAAGCCAGCGCCAGCGAGCGGAUCUGCUGUCACUCGAGGACACGCCGCUGCUCCCUCCCCGGGCCCGAGACUCGGCCCGUGACAGGACAGUCACUGCAUCUUCCAUCGACCAGGAGGAGGUGGGGGCCCCACUGUGGUGACCCCCGCCGCCGUCAGCAGCCCGAGGCACUCGAGGGACCCACGGCACCGCUGGACACUGGGCUUGCUUGCGAGUGACCGUCUGUCUGCGCCAGCGCACAGCCUCGCGCCUCAGCGAACGCUGCAGGGGGGGGGGGUCCCGCCCCCCCCCCCCCCGCCUGUCGCCCUCCCGCCUCACCCUUCCCUUGCUGGUGUCUAGAAGGGGUCUCUCCUGGCCGGGUGGGGGGUCGCUUUCGCAAGUUUGGUCAGUUGGUAGUUGAACGGGGUGGUCAGAGGACCUGGAAGCAGGGGGCGGGGGGUGGGGGUCUGGGCAGGCCUGGCCGUCGGGGAAUCUGGUUCAGACCCCCAGGCCCAGAGAUGGUCUUCAUGGGGGCCGGGUGGGAGAAGUCGCAGGAGUUGUUGGAAAACAGUAUUAGAAUUCGAUGCGGCCAAAUACAAACCUCUUUAAAAAGAAAAACAAAACUCAAUUUUUAAAAGUUGAGUCUGUGUGACUUUAGAGGAUAGAUUUCGAGUGGCUGCUAAUUUCCAAAGUGUUUCUACAUAGCAAAUUAUGUCAAUAAACAUUUUGGAAUAUUUUGAAAUAUUUCAGGUAUUUUGAAAAUGACCGGGAAGUUUGUAUUUUCUUUGUACUUUGGAUAAAAAUUGUGAAUAAAAUCCGGACUUUCUUUUGGUA